AUGUCGAAAAGUAUCCCUUUUUCAGAUGACCAACUGAAGAGCGAACUGCUGCAGCUCGUUAAGCAGCAUAAGCACAUGUUCCUUGCUUACCAGAUUGACACACUUGCCAGCGCUGCCGGCCAUGAGGUUGUGCGCUUGCCUCCUUAUUACUGCGAGCUCAAUCCAAUAGAGCUCGUGUGGAGCCAGGUCAAAGGCUAUGUUGCUUCGAAGAACACCGACUUCAAGGUCGAUUCAGUCGAGAAGCUGCUGCUGGAAGGAAUCGCAGGUGUGACCCCGCAGAACUGGUUCCGAGACUGCACUCAUGUGAUAAGGCUUGAGGAUGAGGCAUGGGAGCGGGAUGGCAUUAUAGACAGCCAAAGAGAAAGCCUCAUAAUUUCUUUGGGCACAGAUUCGAGUACUUCUGAUGAGUCGAGCAGCUCUGACAUGAGCGGAAUUGAUGAACUGCCAUGA